AUGUAACAAAGGCGUGCAGAGUUAAAGUACAUGAUUUUGUAUGUAAAUAGGUCGGAUUACUUUAGCUCUGAGACGAAACAAAAUGAAGUGAAGCCCUUUCGGCCGCCAUGGAAACACACAUUGCAUUUUAGGAACGUCUUCCACCAGGACAGUUCAUGAUGUCUGUAAGCAGUGGUGAGGGAGGUCAAUCAAAUUCAAGACCUCUGGAUGCCUUACCAAAGGUGUUCAUUGACUCAAUGAGGACCCUCUUUGACAUAAUGGAUGACAAGUGCACUGGAUAUGUUCAUUACUCAGACAUUGAAGAGCGCUGGCGGGAGGAGGAGGGCGGCAACGUUCCCAAGGGCGUCCUGGAGUGCCUGCGGAAGGUGACGCCGGCCAGCGGCCUGCUGUCCUUCGAGCGAUUCGUUGCCGGCCUCAAGAUCUGCCUACUGCGCAGCCGUGCUGAGGCCAGAAGUCAGUGGCAGCAGCAGCAGCAGCAUCAGCAGCAUCAGCAGCGGCAGCCUCGUCCGCCGUCGGCGCCCACCCUGGAGCCGGCGGCAGCCGCCGCGCCUGCUCCGCCCGCCGUCCGGCCGCACUCGGUGAUCGGGCAGCAGCGAACUCUGAGCAUGCCGCAGCUGAGCGCCGCGGCCGGCGAACAGCCGCCGCCGCCGCCCCCGACGGCGGCGACGGUGGCGGCCAACCCGACCAGGAAGGCGGCGCAGAGGAAGCGUGAGCCUCGCCGGCACACCCUGCAGAACGGCAUCGACUACAACAUGAUGAAGCGGAUGAAGCAGAUCGAGCAGGAGCGGGACACGCUCAGUCAGGGCCUGCAGAUGGUGGAGCGCGCGCGCGACUGGUACCUCCAGCAGGUGGCCGCCGUCAACGAGAAGAUGAAAUACCUGGGUCUGGGUCGCGCGCCACCGCAGAGCGAGCACACGACCGACGCCAACGAGGAGCGACUGAGCUUCCAGACGGCGCGCAUCCACGAGGUGAACCAGCACCUGUACGCGCUGGUGGACUCGUCGCGGCGUGGCUUCCCGCUGCACAUGAACCUGGCGCUGAGUCCGGGUCGCGGCGGCGGAGGAGGAGGCGCCGGCGCGGGCGGCGGCGGCGGCGGCGGCGGCGGCGGCGGCGGCGGCGGCGGCGGCGCGGCCUCGCCCACCACCGAGCGCACCGUGCGCCGACUGAAGGCGCAGAACGCGCAGCUGACGGAGGAGGUGGCGCAACGGUCGGAGCGCAUCACGGCCCUGGAGCGUGAGAAGACGAGCUUGAUCCGCGAGCUGUUCAGCGCCCGCUCCGAGGCGCGCCGCCCGCACCCGGACGAGACGACCCUGAUCUGAGCGGCGCCGACCCCCCG